CGACUUUGUUAUAUUGCGCAUGCCCAUUAAAAAACAAAAAAUGGCGCUGUGUAUGUUCAGACUUAGAAGUGUUGUAUAAUAAAUUGAGUAGAUUGACCGACAUUAUAUAAGGAAGAAGAUAUGGCCACUGGCAAUAUCAAUAGACAAACUUCAAUGCAAACUGACGAGGUCCUGGAUAACUGGAGGGACAGCAAAUCACUAGCAGGAUGCGCUGAGCAGUAUUUAAUGAAAGGUUUGAUGUCAGACGUAACGUUCAUUUUCAAAAAAGAUGGUGACAAGAAGCUUACGGCCCACAGACUUAUACUGAGCAUGCGCAGUGAGGUAUUUGAAGCGAUGUUCUUUGGACCAAUGGCAGAUCACCAUAGUGAGAUUGACGUUGAAGAUAUCAAUCAAGAUAUAUUUGAUUUGAUGUUAAGGUAUAUCUAUACAGAUGAAGUAGAUCUGAAGGGAGACACAGUUCUAAAAUGCCUGUAUGCUGCAAGGAAGUAUUGUCUUAGAGGACUUGUAAAAAUUUGCUCAGACUUUCUGGAAAAUUCUAUUACCACCGACAAUGUAUGCACACUUUACGAGCAAGCUAAAUUCUUUGAUGUUGAAGAACUGAAGGUAAGGUGUUACAAGUUUAUUACUGAAAAUUCGGGAGAGGUUUUUCUGAGCGAGGACAUCCAGAAAUUAUCUUACGAAAGCCUGCUGGCCAUAUUGACAGACGACAAGCUGCAUAGUGAGGAGAUGGUUCAGUUUGAAAUGGCACUAAGAUGGGCCGAUGGAAAAUGUCAGUCAGAAAAUUUUGAGACUUCUUUUGAAAACAAAAGGAAAAUACUCGGAGAAGUUAUUGAGAAGAUUCGCUUUCCUACGAUUCCUCCAGAUGUAUUUGUUAAGAAAGUUGUCCCCACAAAGAUAUUGCUUCCAGAGGACCAAAUGCAACUACUUCAGUUUAUGGUUACCAUGACAACAGAGACACCUGGGUAUGUUGGGAAAUUCAUCUCGUACCCUCGCCAUAAUUCCCUUACAAUCAACCUGCAAAAUAUUGGGUGUCUGAGCAUAAGUCAGUCUUACGGUGAGAGCUUCAGUCUGACGAGCAAUUUUGAUAUUGCCUUGCUUGAGUUUUCAGCUGUAUCGGCACGGUUUCUGUCCUGCAAAAUCGUCUGUAAGGAGGACAGAAGUCUAAAUAAAAUUCUGAAAUUUGAUGAGUUCGACUAUAGAGAUAAAGGCGGUUUUGUAAAACCAGCAAAAGGCAAUAACAUAAUACUUUCUGCAAAUAAGCACUAUCAGUUCACGUUCCAACAUGAUAACUACGCGCCUGGUGGAGCGCCUUUAAAUACGAUGCGCACAAUGAAUCAUGUCGUGAAAUUUGGUGAAUUAUCAGUCACCGUUGAAGAGAUGCCACUAAACAUCAAUACUGUCAGAUUUUGUAGAGUUUAAAUUUUAAACACACGUGAUAACCGUGCUUUUCACUUUAAUUUGAUCUGUUUUUGCCAAAAAGAUAUGUGCAAAAAGCAUAUCGAUGCACAUGUUCGAUGUUAGUGUAAGGCGUGCGAGUACAUGUAGAUAUGUGCUUUUUUUCAAACUGUAAGGAAACAAAAAUGAAAUGUUUAUAUAGACACAAAAUAUUAUAUUUUUACAUAUAAUAUCUCUUAUUGCUAUAACAUAUAAAGGUAAUUGUAUAUUUCCAAAUGCUCUCAGCAUUUAUUUUGUUGUUUUUAGAUAGAAUUGUGUUAGGAAUUAGUAUGUUAUGUAUAAAGUUUAUUGUAAGCUAG